AUGGCAGACUUACCUUUGAUACCCGGUUACACAUUUCAAAAUUACUUGCUUGAUGUUCUUUGUUGGUUUUAUUUAAGAUAUGACCCGUCAUUGACUUAUGGAAGAUCAAAGACAUACGCGUACCGUCAAGUGAUACCCCAUUAUGUAUUAUUUGCUCAGAAAUGUUUGAAUUUCAAGGCGUUUUUCCGUCAGAGUGUUCAUAAUUCCCCGUCAGAGUAUCACCGGAUACGUCAUGUCAACAUUAUUUACUUUCUCGAAGACGAUACCAUGUCAGUAAUGGAGCCCGCCGUUGAUAACGCGGGUUUCAAACAAGGAAGACUUGUACGUCGUGGUAAGAUUCCUAAAGUAAACGGCGAUUUUUACCAUUGGAAGGAUUUGAAUGUCGGCAUUGAUCUAGCAAUUUAUGGAGUCGUUUACCAUACGGUUGACUGUGACACAUUUACCAGCGAAUUUAUGCGGAGCCAGGGCAUAGAUCUAGGGGAGAAAGAAAAUCCGCCCCCGGAUUCUUAUAUCCAGGACCGGGUGGCCAAAGAAAAUGCGUCGCGGGCCGCAUUGUCGGCGACCCGGCGCACUCGUCCCGGUCUAGAGGACCCGCGACGCAGGUUCUUGGAAUUCGAUGGCAUGGUACUGACUUUUGACGCCACGUGGAAUGAAGACCGAUACCAGGUUCUGUACUUUUUGACUGAUGAUACCAUCGCGGUGCGAGAGGUCCCGGUGACUAAUUAUGGGAAAGAACCGUCGCGGUUGUUGUUGAAGAGGAUGCGGGUUCCCAAAAAUUGGAGCGACGUUUCAAAUUCUUUUCCUAGUGUUUAUUUAGAGCGCAGUGAUGAUGGUGAAUAUUAUUCACCAGCUGAUUUAAUGGUUGGAGAAACAAUUUUUGUAUUUGGCCGUAAGUUUUAUCUUUACGAUUGCGAUAAUUUUACCAGGAAAUAUUACAGUGAAAUGUUGAAUAUCCAACAGCCAGCGAGGAUGUCAACAGGAAUUGAUGAUGUUAAAUAUGAUGAUAAGAAAGUUAACGUACGAUCUCAGCGAAAAAUAAGUGGGAUUGAUAAAGAAGAUGUGAUAAGAAAAAUCUAUAAUCAUCCAAAGAAAUUGCGGUAUUUAGCUUCGAUGAUUGCUGUCCACCCGGAAGACAAAGACCGCGACUUUGUUCUGGAGUACAGUCUCAGUGAUGGUAAAAUAAAAAUAAGCGAAAUAGAUAAGCGCAAUUCGGGACACCGAGGCGGGUGUUUUUUGGCUGCGAUGCUCGUGCCCAAGAGCAGAAUUUAUCGAGCUGACAGCGAUGACGAAGACGUUACUUACUAUACCCCAGAAGAUUUUUAUAUUGGAGCUGAGAUAAAUAUUUUUAAUCACAGAUUUUUGAUCACGGGAGCGGAUUUGUUUGUUUUGAAGUACGUCGAGGGUAAUAGGGACAAAUUUCCUGCGCAUGUCGUUGACAAUAUUAAAAGUUACUUUGAAAAUAAAAAAAUUUCGGGUGCUGAUGGUAUUUGCGAUGCUCGAGAUAAUUGUGAUGCAAAGGAGCCGCAGUUGAAGGAGCCAAUUUAUCCGGCAAGAUCUUCAGAAUCUCCGAGUGCGCAAAAAAUAAUUGAUAAUUUACCAAUGGAGAACUGCAAUAGUGAUUUUAAAAAUAGACCUAAUUCUAGCAGACAAAUUUCUUGGGCUGAUCAAAUUAAUGUUCCUGUACACUGCAAUAAUUAAUUCCAGCAAUCUCAA